GAGGGAGGAGAAGGAAAACCCCGACGCCGAGCGCCGCCAGUAGAAGCGGGCGCUUUUGUUUGGCUUUUGCCCUUCUCCGUCAUGGCGAAUCCCGCCGCGAACUUGAACGCCGUGAGGGAGACCAUGGAAGUCCUGCUGGAGAUAUCAAGAAUUCUAAACACUGGUUUAGAUAUGGAAACCCUCUCUAUUUGUGUGCGACUUUGUGAACAAGGGAUAAAUCCAGAGGCACUGUCUGCUGUCAUCAAGGAGCUGCGCAAAGCCACGGAAGCCCUAAAGGCAGCUGAAAACAUGCCAAGCUGAAUCUGUGGGACAGCAUCUUUGGAUUGAAGUAAAGCUUGAUGUGGGAGGCUAACAGAUGAUUUCAAGAUCGUGUGCUGUUUGGGACUCCAGACAUUAUUGGUUGUGUUGGUUUCUGAAGUCUUCACUGAGGAAGAAAUAUAAUGUAAAGGUGUAUAAAAAAUUUAAAUAUGCUUAUUAACCAAUGAUGUUUCUUUAUUGCACAUGAUGUUUUGAAAAUAUGUAUGCCACAAAUCUGAGAUGUAAUUUUAUUGGCAGUCUUUCAAAUAUUUCUUAUCUCUGAAAUAGUGAAACUAUACUAAAAAUAACCAUAUGAUAUACUAUCUUCAUGUUGCAAAACACUAUUGGAUGUGGGGUAUGAUUGACUUUCUUUUUUUAAAGGUACACAAAACUUUGCAUAAGGUUUAAAUAAUAUUUUCCAUUCAGAUUAUUUCACUAAAUUAAAAGGCACUUGCCAACCUGUGAAGAAAGUUGCCAUUAGGCACCUUUGCUUUGUUUAAAUAUAUCCAUAUUUAAACAAUAUAUUUCAUGUAUAUAAUGGAGCUUUUUACUGGGGCAGUGUGGUGCAAUAUGGUUAAAAUUAAACACUGCUUGAUUUCAGUGGAAGAGGUAUGCACAUGCUUAACCAUCAUCCAUUGAAAUUAAUAGUGACUAAAAGUGCUUAAUGUUGACUGACUGGAUUAUGCAUUACUGUUAUGUCACCUUUCUUAUUUGUUAUUACAUACUAUACAAACAAUAAUAGAAUAUUAUUAUAUAAAGUCCCUUGGAAAGGUUAUCAAACUUAGUUGGGGAAUAUCAAAUUACAUUUUUAUUUAUGGGGACAGGUUGAUCCUUCAGUUUCACAGUGGAAUGUUCAUUUAAUGACCAUGGGAAGAUUGAACAUAAAUCAGGGGUGGAAAAUGUGUGAACUCUAGCCGUCUUGGUCAUCACAAGAACAGUUUUAUGUGUUUAGUGAUAAAAGAUGUUUGCCUUAAGGAUUACCUACACAUUGUUUUUCUCUGUUCAUUUUUAAAAUUCUGUUUUCUAAGUAUUCUGCUUGUAUUCUGGAUAUUUAAAGGACUAUCAAGGAAAUAGUCAAUGCUGAUGUCUAAAAUAGAGUAAUUGGGUUUUAUACUAUUAUGAAGGAGGAAGACACUUAUACUCCAAGAUUAUAUUUUAAGUUGUGAAAUGGCUGUAGGAAACUUUGUUUUAUUUAGCGAGAAGAGAUGUUUCACAGCCCAGUUCUUUGAAUUUGUAUUAGUAACAUGACUUCCUUUAUUGUUGAAGCUUCAUGAACUUUCUGUUGCUUUAUAAGAAAUAAAACCAUUCAUUGCCAACCGUGA